AUGCUCGCCUGUACUCGUCGAUCAACCUUACCUUCGAUCAUCCUCGCCUCCGCCAGUUCACGUCCUCCGGCAUACAUUCAUCGACAAUUUGUUAAUCAUCUUGCUGGACAGAUUCCUACUGACACAGAUUAUAAAUUCAUUUCUCAUCGAGGUCCCGUAUCAAAAACAAAGGCUUCUUCUGGGAGGAGUAAACCAAGGGCGCCACAACAAUCUAGUCUUCGAAAACUUGUCAAAGACCUCAACGCAGAAUGCACUCUUGCCGCAUCUCAAAAGAAAUUAGAUCUUACACCUAUCUUACAAAUCGCUAAAGAUAAUGUUGGGAGGUUGACUGGAAAAGAAUCUCCGGAAAAGAAGCUGAAAAUUAAACUUAAGAUAGCGGAGGAAACCCUCAGAUUGCUCAAGGAGUCUCCUACGCCAGUCAAACUGGAUCGAAAGGCCCAGAAGAACUCCAAGCAGUCAGCUGGCACCGUCACAGAUACUCAAUCACAAUCUAACGCCGAGCCUCCAAACCAAGCUUCUUCUUCGAACUCGGCUUCAAAACAGGCUUCCACAUCAAAGCAGAAAACUCCUCGUCCAAAACCUAAUCCUCACGCAGAAGCUACAUUGGAAACAGACAUUUUGGCCUCACAUCCACUCUUUGACCCUUCACAAGCUCCCGAACCUCCUAACUCUCCGGGAACCAAGCCAGACGCCAACUUUUCAUUUUCGUAUACUUCAAUCCCAUUCGAACCUGUCAUUACAUCGACCCCACAGCCAAAGGUAGCCACUUUAGCACAUGGACUUUCAAGAGUCUUGUUCAAUCCUGGCGUACAUUGGCUACAAGAUCCUCGAACAAUGGUUUAUAACUUUGAUCAUCGACUACAAGAUCUAAUCACACCUGAUGAAUUCAACUUUGAUGCACUCACACCUUAUAUUACUAGCUCAAGGGAUGAACAGCUGACUGGCCUUGCACAUGAGAAUGACAGAAAAUAUUGUGGGAGUACAAGUAGUAUGACACAAACACUCAGUCAAAUAUACCUCAUGUUGAACGGCAGCCGACCACUCAAUAAAAAGGUCGAAUUGACUCCCGGUGCCAAGAUGCCAGCAUCGAUUUUACUCAACUACAACGCCUCAACUGUUUCCUCGCCAAUUGAAACUGACUUCUCUACGAGUUUGAAAAACAAGGACGUGGUGGAUCUAAAUGAGACACGUGUAAGGGAAGCUUAUGCAUUUGGAAAAACAAAUUUGAUGAUGACUAGAUCUCAACUGGAUUGUCAACAUGAUUAUCUUCCUGGGAACGGGACUUUUGAUAUCAAGACCCGAGCUACGAUUGCUAUCCGUCACGAUAGACUGAACCAUGCUAAUGCAGCUGGAUAUCAGAUUCGAUCUUCUCAAGGCCCGCUUGAGUCCUUCGAGAGGGAAUAUUUGGAUUUGAUUCGAUCUGCGUUUCUCAAGUACCAGUUCCAAGCUAGGCUUGGGCAAAUGGACGGGGUUUUCGUCGCUUAUCAUAACACUCAGCGUGUCUUUGGUUUUGAAUAUGUUCCUAUCACGAAGAUGGACGAUGCUUUGUUUGGCUCCCAUGAAGAAGGUGACAAGGUCUUCAAAAUCUGUCUUGGAUAUAUGGAACGUAUUUUGGAGGAUGCUACUACAGCAUACCCAGAAAGGUCUUUGCGCAUCACAUCUUUUGCCAAGGGACAGAAUAAGAUGUGGGUUUUUGUUCAACCAGCAGAUGAGCCAGUCACCUUGGAACCCCCGAAGGAGUAUACCGCAUUCCAAUAUCAGAAUCACAACUAUCUGAAUGGUGACAUUGUCGACGAUGGAUAUAUCGAUAUCGAUGCUUGGUGUCAGGCGAACAAAGUGAAGACAGAUUCUACACAAAACGUCAAUGAUUCAAGGAAUCCAACAACAACGACAGGGACAACCUCGAGUGCUAGUGAAUUACGACGAAAGCUGGAUUGGUCUGUGUAUUGUCAAAUGUGGAAACAUUCGAAAUCAGAAGAACUCGAUGCACUUUACCGUUCGAUCCGACGUAACCAGUUUGCAAUCAGUCAACUUGUUCUACCUGAAGGCGUUGAUCGACAACUAAUGAGAGUAGUAAAUUGGCCUGAGACAGCUAAUGAACAGACCCCAGAAAAUGGAGAUGAUAUAACAGUAAAGACGGAAGAAACUAUUCCAGACGUUAAACCUCAUACAUUUAUUCCUACACCAGGUGUGAAAUAUAAAACAGAAGUUUCUUAUUUAGUUAAACAAUUAAGAUCAAUGGCAAAAGAAGGAUGGGCAUUUCAAAGAGAAUUAAUUCAAUCACAAGCAGGACAAAAAGUUAUAAGGAUUGCACCGGUUGAAUUUGUUAUAGAAGAUCGUGAUUCGAAUCUAAAUCAACCUAGAAAAUCAGGCUGUAUCAUUAAAGGAAAGAAAGAUUUAAAAGUUUUUUUCGCGGGUGGGGUCUUUUCAUCCAUUGGAAUCGUUUCUUUAGUGUCUGUUAUUCUAUUUUUGUCGGUUUUCUACAUAAUCUUGGCUUGCAUUUAG